UGAUUGUAUUUGAAUUUAGGCAAUAAACUAGAGGCAACAAAUGGACAAAGUAUGCCGCAUAUAAUGUACAACAUAUGAACUUGGAUAACAUGGAAAAAGGCCUGUUGUGGAUCACCGCCCUAGUUACCAGUAUUCUAACUAUACGUGGUGAUACGUCAAACGUCACUUAUGAGGUGUUUACUAAUAGUACGACAUGGAAGGAUGCUGCCAAUGCAUGUAAUCAACUAAAUGGAACACUGAUUGAUUCGUCUGAGUAUUUCGAGAAUGUCAACAAUAUAAACUUGUCUGAAAACAACACUUAUUGGACAAGCUCAUUCUCUUUCCUGACACAAUGGGUGGAGUUGAUAGGUUGUUUCUACAUUCGAGUCCAAAACUUUACAGCCGUUUGCAUACAGCAUAACGAUAACAGUAUAGAUAUAGGCUGGACAUGUUAUGCAUAUUGUGAAAAACACACAUCCUUUGGAAUUAUAGACGACGUGUGCGUGUGUUUUUCUGAAACCCCGUCGAAUAUCAGCAUUCCUUCGUCCAACAAAUGUCCAUCAUGUUCGAAUAGUUCGAGCUUUCAGUGUGGCGUGGGUGGCUACACCGCCUUAUACAAAAAACGUAAUGAUAUUCCUGGAACUGGAAUGUGUGGGUCAUACAACUGUCAACGUGACAAUGGAAAUGUCUCUUCGUUUGGAUAUAAAGGAGAGUUAUGUGAAGGUUUCUUAGAAGUGCAGUGUAAUGGCGGCUUUCAAAGUAAUGGAGGUGUCAACUGGAUGAAAGCAAGACAGGUGUGUGAGGAAAAGAAUAGUUUUAUCUUACGGCAUCCUGUUAGUGAUUGUAAAAAAGACCCAUCAGACAGGACACCUUAUUGGGAUAACAUUCACAGAGACAACGCAUCGUUUACCACAGGAUUCGAAUUGAGAUCAGGGAUACAACUCCACCAUAGAGAGCUUUUAAAAUGCUCUUCAGUAACGCCUGGCGAGGGUAUACCAGACUAUGACAGAUGUAAUUCCUCCAAGGCUGGAUAUAUUUGUAAAAUAGAACAUCCAUCUGAGACAUAUACACCAACAAUUUGCACGAUAAAUCAAACGGAACCAGAUGUAUCAACUAUUCCGCCGACUCGUACAACAACUGGUGAACCAACAUCAAGAGAUACUCUCCCUUCAAAUAGUGAGCAAGCAACUAUAUCGCAAACUAUAAGCAAUAUCACAGAGGCAGAGAACAUGGUGCUGUAUAUAGCGAUAGGAGCCGGAGUAGGAGGCUUCAUCUUGAUCGCUUUGGUGGUCAUCAUCAUUUGUACAUGUAGAAAGAGGUCAAACAGGAAGAGAGCAACUGAAAAAGAAAGCAAGGAUAGGCACGACAUUGACCUUGAUGGCGGACAGGUGAAUCAUAUGGAAGCAGCAGAAAGAUACGUCUCAAUGAAGUCAGAGCAAUCAAUAGUAAGAUAUAAAGAUAUAGGAAAAAAUGGCGGAGACUGUUAUGAACAGAUUGUCCUCCCAGACGAGGAACCAAGCGAGGGUUUUCCAAAAGUGAACGGUAUUGUUUGCAAUGGCGACAAAAAACAACGCAGUAAUGAUGUCCCAGAGACAUCAAACGUUGUGGAAGAUAACAAAACUGAGGAUCAUUAUGCUGAACUUGAUAGCGAGUCUCAUCCAAAAGAGAAAAUCCGUAUACAACCAGAAACCAACACAGUAAAAAUCAAUGAUCAAAAAGAAGGAGAAGACGAUUAUGAUCACUUUGGACAGGCAAACAUACGUUCAUCUGUUUCCUCUAAUUAUGACCACGUCCAUUUGAGAAAUUCAAUAACAACGAAAAAAGAACAUGAAGAUGAUACUGAAGACUACGAUCAUAUUCCAGGAGCAGCAGGAAGACGAAAUGAAGCGGAAGUAGAUUCCACUUACGACCAUGCGCAGAACUUUGAAUUAAGAGAUAGUGCAUCUUCAAACUAUGAUCAUGUGGUUUUGUUGGGAGACCAGGAACACUCUGAUGCAAACAGAGUAUCAGAUGACUACGACCACACGACAAAUGUAAGCAACGUGGGGACCGAGGACGAGAACAGGGGAAGUAAUUAUACACAGGUGACACUUCCUGAUUCUACCUGAUAUACUACAAUAAAUAAAUACACUGUAAGCUUACCAACAAAUCAUUGAUAUAACCAGCGUUUCGUUUUCUAUUAAAUGAAUUUGAAUUGUUCCAGUAUAUCUGUAGGUGUGACAAAAACAGCAGUAAAGGGACAGUUUUAUAUACGCUGUGAGCAUCACAGACUACACAGCCUUGAAAACAUUCUCGCGAUAUUAUGAUAUCGUAAGUCGUAUGAUAUUGUACAUAAUGUAAUUUGUUGAUAGGUAUUUACCAUUUGUACCGUAAAUAUCUCUAGCAUGAUAGAAAUUAAUUUUCAAAUAUCAUUAUUGAUUGAUUUUCAUGUCAUUGUUAAAUAAAUGUGUCAAAAAUGAUAUUACAGAAGUACCAAAUAUAAUAGGUACCUUCUGACUACUAGAUAUGAUUCAAGCUUAGUCGGCUUGGACUAUUGAUACAAAGUGAUUACCAAAUGUUUCAUAGAUAAUCCAUGUACAUGUGCUUUGUAACUGAGAUUUCCAAUGUAACGAGUUUAAAGAUUCAAAUGUAGCAGAAAAUUAAUAUCAGCUUGUUAAUUUAUGUCGUAUGUUCAUGCGACAAUGUCUAUAAUUCUAAGGAAAUGUAUUUUAAUGACAAAUACGCCUUAAUGAUGUGUUUGUGUUGCUUUGCAUCAAAUUUACUUAAGGGGGUAUGGCCAGGAAAUAAUGAAACGAUUGUCAUGAAAAUUGACAUAAAUGAUCUUCGUGUUACCAUUUGCUUUGUUGCAAGAAUUAUUAUGCCUUUCCAUGCUAAUUUUCUCAAUGUCUACAUUUUUGAAGAAAAACAAAACAAAAAAUGACUCCAGACUCAAUUGGUAAUAUUCACUUAAAUUAUUUUAUUCUGUUGUCGAGGAUUCUUUGUAAUGUAAUAAAAUAUUUCCUGUUUUAAGGUCUCGCGGACAUAAGUUAAUUUUUGUAUGUAUAGUAAUGCUAAUUCAUUGAUAUAUAUAUAUAUAUUUGGUGUGAUUUAUUUCGUAUGCUUUGUGAGAUUUCUAUAUGAAGUCAUUUUCAUAUAACAUAACUUAUUAUGAGCCGGUAUUUUUGCUUCAUUUAUUUAUGUAGAAAAGGACCAUUCAAAUAAAAUUUUGUCAUUUUAUAAAAUCUUACAAAUUACCUUAUUUUCACAUAUUAUAGGCAUAAACCAAUUAUAUUCUUAUUUUAGAACUCAAAUGACCAAUUGACAAAAGUUUGAAUGUAAUAAGGUAUCAAUUAUACAUUUUGUAUAUAAAUCAAACUCUCAAUUUGAAAGGUGCUAAUAUCUCCAUUUGCUGAUAUAUGUUUCUGAGAAACCAAAUAACUCGCCUAUUUUCAUUUUUUCACCUCACAUAAUGAAUCAACAUAUUGCAGCAUUAUUAUCAUCUAGUAUCUUCGCCCAUUACAUAUUCAUUUCAUGCAAGCCAGCACUGUUAAAUGUCACCCCGCUGUUGGAAUAUAUGUCUGUCCAUGAAAUAUCACGGAAGAAAUUUCAGUUUUAUUCAUUAUUAGUUUUAGGUGGAAGUCAAAAGAAUACAGCAAACACCUUUAACCAGAGUCUAAACACGACUAAGAUAUGCAAAUUUAUAUUCAGGAGUUAAAGAGUUUAUAACCGUUGCGUCAUAUAAGCAACAUGUUCUUUAAUUGCCAGAUAGUAUUUUUCCGGAUUUCAUCAAUUCCUAAUUUCAAAUUAUAAUCUUAAAGGUUUAUAUCUGAAAAGAAAAUGUUGCUAUUUAUUAAAUGAUCACCUGGCCGAUGUAUACUAGACUGAGCAAGCGAAGUAGACAGGAAGCAAUGUCGAACUGGUAUUUUAUCGAAUCAUAAAUCGUCUACGUACCUCAUUUGAAGGUGCUCUCAUAUGACAGGAUACCUUUAAUUGGAGUGAUAAUAAGCUUUAUUUUACAAUUAUUGUGAAAUAAGUUAAUUCAGUUUGAAUUAAUCACCCAUGUUGGCCCGAUUGGCAGCGAACAAAGGAUCUUACUUUUAUUUGUAUUCUUUUUUACGUCCGUCUUACUCGUAAAAUAUCUUGAACAAGUUAACUUGGUUCAACAUACUAAACACAUUGGCAGUACUGUUUAAAACUACAUUGUAGAAAUAGGCACAUAUAGUGUUCGUCCGAUCAAAAUAUGUAUUAAUAUCUCGAAAUUAUUGGAUGAUAUUGUAAAAAUUAAAUUGUAUGUAUUUCUCAUACUACCAAACGUGUUACUGUUAACUAUACACUGUGUAAUUUAUAAUAAAUAUAUGAUAAGUCAGUAGGUUGAACUACUUCGUAUGGUGAUAAUAAAAUGCUUCUAAGUCUU